CCCACACAGCGCCGAGCGGCAGAGCGGAGUGAGCGCGGAUCUGUGAACCGCCUCCGAGCGCAACUCAGACCACACCACACCAGACUCUGCAGACGGAGGGACGUGCGUCCCCGGGAGCUACACGCACUGAGAAGACUUUUGCUGCACGGUGCUCGCUCUCUGGCCGAGGCGCAUGAGCGGCCGCGGGUGAAGGAUGCUCUCCAGCUCCGCGCGUGUGGAGCGCGGCUAGUGCGCGCCGCGCUGCUCGCGGGUUGGCUCUCACAAACUGUCGAGCCGGUUUUCCGGUGCCUGGCUUGGAGAACCGUGUUUCUGGACUCUCCCGCACGCCGGACUUGGAGCUGCAAGCCUGCUUUCAGCCGUACUCAAGAUUUUGAAGGACAUCUGUGGGCAGUAUUUAUUGAGAGACUGAUUUGCUUCACGCAAACCCACACGGGCAGUUUAACCCUACACCGCUCCAGGUUUAAAAAUCCCCUUCUUAUUUCUACUAUGGGACCUUACACAAAAAGUCACUCUGGGACAUUUAUCGAGUUGGAAUAAUGAAAUAAUUGAGAAAAACUGUUGAUAUUCACUGUUUUAUCUCUCCAUAUAUCUUGCGCUCUCCUUUUUUUUUUAGUUUAUUAGGGAGCUGGUUUCGUGUCACGUUCGUCCUGACGAAAUGUGCACAGAAAAAAACUUUGGAGUGUCAUAGUUCACGAGUGUGAGAAGUUUUUAGCAGUAUUUCAUUUUUGUUUAAACAAAGAUUGAGAAGGAACAGCAGUCAGUUGCGCGCAUUCAUGCAGGAACAGAAACACAGUUCGCGUGCGUAUUUGGACACAGUCUGCCCCCUCUCUGUUCUGCGUUCUUGGAGGAGUUAAAAAAAACCUCUUGAUUCAGAGAAAUUAAAUUUUAUUUGGUAAGUUUUAACAUUUAAAAUAUAAUAAGCAUAUUAGUCUUACAGACAUUUGAAUAGUUUAUUGUGUAGGUCUAUAACUUGUCCCCUUUUUGCUUUUGGGGACAGACGUAAAAAAAAUACACAGUGUGCCGAUGUCUGGCAAAGUCGCCGUCAUGUGGGAUUGAUUGCAGAGGAGUAUGUUUGGGCUGGAGCAGUUUGGUUCUCAAAUUAAUAGCAGAAACCCUGGCCAGUCGGAGAGAAACAUAAACCAACAGAGAUUAAACAUGGGCUCCCAUUAUAAAAGCCCAGGCUUUGGAGGCCCUCCUGGAGCCGUUGAGCCCGGCAUGGGCCCUAUGAGCGAGCCACAAAUGCUCGGGCUCAACAUGAACAUGAACGGAGAACCGUAUGGGAGCUUUCAUUCGAGGGGACACCCAGACAUGCAUGCAGGCGGCGGACUUCAGCAGCAGCAGCAAGGAUCAAUGCAUGGAUUUUUUAACAACCAGCAGCCUCAUCAAGGACAUCCACACGGCCAUCAACCUCACCCACACCAACAUCACCCUCACUUCAGUGGGAAUUUUGGAGGCCCAGAGCCAGGGUCAUCAUGCCUGCAUGGUGGCAGGAUAAUGGGCUACAACAACAACAAUGGGAUGGGACCUCAGCAGGGCUUUGGAGAAGGAUUUGAUCCUCUUGCUGAGGGACAGGCAGGGGAUGGUUUUCCCCAGCAGCAGCAGCAACAGCAGCGGCCUGUUAAUAUACCUGACUUUCAACACCAUGGUCCUCCCAGUGGCAACCAUGCCGUUCCUGCCCCCUGUCUACCCCUGGACCAGUCACCUAACAGAGCAGCAUCCUUCCAUGGUCUUCCUUCCUCCUCAUCCACCUCAUCUGAAUCUCAUGGUUUGGAGCCUCGACGGAUGCCCAACCAGGGAGCUGUGGAGGGAUUAGAGUACAAUUUCCCAAAUGAACCUCCCUCUGGACAUUUUGAUGUACCUGUAUUUUCCCCAUCAGAAUCAGAAUCUCAGUUACCACAUUUUGGGCCAGGAAGGCCAGUUCCCAGUGGUAAUUUCCCAGGGAACCCUGGCAUGCCGCGGACACCAGGCAUGCAGGGCAUUUCAAAGGGACACCAGCCACCACCACAUCCCCAGCAGCCUCAGCAUGGAGUGUUUUUUGAACGCUUUGGAAACGGCCGGAAGGUGCCUGUGGGAAUGGAGCCGGGAGUCAAUGCGAGACAUCCCCUCAUGCAGCAGCAACAACAGCCUGGCUUGAUAGCCAGACAGAACUCAUGCCCCCCUGGCCUCCCCCGACCCCCUCAGACUGAACCCGGCUCCACUAACCCUAACAUUCUGGAUGGAGGAGUCAUGAUGCCUGGCCAACAUAACCAGUUUGAAUAUCCCAUUCACAGACUGGAAAAUAGGGGUUUGCACCCCUAUGGGGACCCCAUGUUUAAUAUGCAACAGCCUGCUCCUCCUCCCUCCCAGCAGCCCCCAAAUCAGAGGCUGCAACACUUUGACUCUCCUUAUAUGAACAUGGCGAAACGGCCCAGAUUUGACUUUCCAAAUUCUCAUGGCGGUGAAGGCUGGUGUGGCACGAUGGACAACCAUCCUUCUCCCUCUGCUUACCCCGGUCUCCCUGGAGAGUUCACUCCACCUCUGAAUGAAGGUUUUGCACCGGGUCCCCUGCAGCAUCCAGGGCCUGAGCCACAGUCUCUGCAGCAGCGUCAAAAUGCAGCCAUGAUGAUAAAGCAGAUGGCCUCUCGCAACCAGCAGCAGAGGAUGAGGCAGCCAAGUCUACAGCAGUUGGGUCACCAUGGCGAUGUACCUCCUGGUCCAAUGGGCCAUGGGGGCCCAGUUGGGAGCAUGCCUCAGCCUAACUUUGAUAGGGAAAAUAGUGGCAGGCUGGCUAACAUUGAUGGACAAAAUCCUCAUGUACCUCAGGAGAACUCCUGGUUUCAGGGGUCACACCCACCAGGAGAUAUGAUGUCACGGCGUAUGGGUGGAGCAGGUAAUGAGUCAGGGCCUCAUGACAUGGGGCUACAGCAGAACGGGGCUGGGAUGAUGUUUAGACCAGGCAUUGGCAUGCAGGAGCCCAUGAGAAUAGCAGGAGAUGGACAUGUGCAGACUCUUCAUUCCCCUGGCAUGCAUUCGCAGUUUAGUGGCAACAUGGGCAGCCUCUCACAAAUGCAGUCUCCAGGAGCAGGAGCAGGACAUCCAAAUGCACCAGCAGAAAGGCGGCCCGCUGACUUUCCUGCACCUCCGAUGGGAGCGCAGCCAACGUUUCCCUAUGGGGGCGCUAACCGCCAGGGGCCGGCCCACAGUGCUCCUCAGGGGGUGAGCACCUCACCAGGAAGCUAUCCUCCUCAGCCUGAGUUCCCCUCAGGCCAGCGGUCGUCUGUUAGUAAGCUUGGAGCUCUGUCCCUCGGGAACUUCACCAAAACCAGCGCUAAAGACAGUGUUUUCGGCCAGAGCUGCCUGGCAGCUUUGUCCACGGCCUGCCAGAACAUGAUUGCUAGCCUAGGGGCCCCAAAUCUUAAUGUAACAUUCAACAAGAAGAACCAAAAUGAGGGCAAGCGAAAGCUAAGUCAGACGGAGCAGGACAUUAAUAGCAACACAUCUAAUGGGACUGGCAGUGCUGGUCCUGAAUAUUUUCAGAGCAGCACUUCUCAGAACAGCCAGAUGCCUGGCACCGGGAAUAGCAACUCUAAGCCUGCAAGUCAAAGCCAGACGGUGCAGGGGGAAGCCAGUGCCCUCUCCCCAAACUACAACAUGGACGCUACCCCAUGCAGUGAGGGUAAGGUAACAACAGGGAGUGGGAGAGGGAGAGGGAGGAGAAAAAGAGACAGCGGACAUGUGAGCCCUGGAAUUUUUUUUUCCUCUGAAAGCGGUAACCCUGUUGUAAGUCCAGGCCAGCAGACCCCCUUGGCUGGCGUUGGGGAGAGGGGUGGGGGCACGCCCCAUGAGAAACAGUCACCCUCCUGGGGAAAAGGAGGUGACCUAAUGUUGGGGGACCAGGCUGACCUUAUGUCUUCUUUAGACAGUGGGAUUCAAAGUGUAGCUGCUAAGUCUGACAGCAGCUCACCUAGAGUGGACUUUCCUGACGAUGUCAGCACCCACUAUGGCAAUGAGGACGAGGUGUCGUCCAGUUCAGACGCAGGAGGGGCCUCUGCCACCAAGCCCAAUCGCAGCCCUAUGAUCACAGGUUCACCUAAAAUGCAGAGGAGUGAUCAUGGGUUGAUAAAUGGACAAAAGCCCCUUGGCAUGGGCAUUAACAAUCAUACUACCUCCACACCAGACAGUUAUGGACUGAAUACUGGCACAGGUGUCGGUGGGGUAAGCCACCCAGGCACACCUGGGGUGGAGCAGGUACGUACCCCAUCCAGCACCUCUGGCCAGGAAGAAAUCCAUCCUCUGGAAAUUCUGCAGGCCCAGAUCCAGCUACAACGACAGCAGUUCAGUAUCUCUGAAGACCAGCCCCUGGCCAUGAAGAAUGGCAAGAAGAGUGGAGACUGUCCCUCACAGAAUGGAGACAAUGAGCUGGCGAGCUGCAGCCCGGAUGCAGGGAAGGGCUCAAUGGGCUCUAUUGACCUUGACACCCUCAUGGCAGAGCAGCACGCCACCUGGUACGUGCCCAGUGACAAGGCCAUGAUGGACGGGUCAGAGGAUGACAAGGCAAUGGGACCCUGGGAAAAAAAUAAAAGCCAAAACAACAGCAAAGAAGAAUCAGAACUUUGCCAGAGUAAGGCUGGAGCAGCGACCCCCGGGGCUGGAGGAGGAGGCGGAGGAGGAGGCGGCGGAGGAGGCGGAGGAGGAGGCGGCGGAGGAGGAGGAGGAGGAGGUGGGAACGGCGGGAAUGGCGGAGGGAACCACCUGCAGUGCCUGUCCGUCCACUGCACAGACGAGUUGGGGGACAGUAAGGGCCGAGGGGCGCCCGUAUCCUCUUGGCGUUCACUCCACUCUGAUAUUUCAAACCGAUUUGGGACGUUUGUAGCAGCGCUAACUUGAGAAGCAAGCCCAGAGGAAGAUGGACAGAGGUUUAGAAAACCAGGAGGAGGACAGCCUCGGAGACAAAAAAAAUAAAACAAUGACGAGGACGUUGAUUAUUUGUUGUGUGCCACUCUUGCCUGUUCAGGGAGAGAGAGACAUUUACACUCAUAAACGCAAACAUGAACCCAAUUAAACACACACAUUCACAAACACACACAAACACACACACAAAUACCUUUUUUUUUUCUUUUUCCGAUACGUGCAGUAAAACUCUCACUGCUGGACGUUACAGCGUGGGCCCGACUCAAUGAAGCUCACAUCUGGAAAACCUCAAAUCAUUUUUUUUUUUUUUUUUUUUUUUACUUUCUUUGUCGAAGAAAAAAUAAAGAAAUGCUUAAGGAAGAGAAUACAAAAGCAGAAGAAGAGAUUCCAGUUGUCAUUGGCUCUUAUUGUAUACCAGUGUUAAGU